AUGCCCCUGAAUGGGACCAGCCGUUACGCCCGUAUGCGAGCCCCAGCAUGGCUCAAUCCAUCCCCUCAACCACCAUCAGAUGCCCAGAAAGAACGCCGCCAACCGAAUGAUGCGCUUCUUAACGAUCCUAAUUCCGAUAUCCUCAUCGACUUCAACUCGCAUCAAGGUUUCUACGAAGCGGCAAAGAAGAAGAAAACAAAAACACCUUCUGCUCCCCCACCGCCGCCACCGCCGCCUGCGGCUCCACCAGCAGACGACGGUCAAAAGGAUGACAAUACCGGAGGAGAUGGAGGAGCCAGUGGAGGAGACGCUGCAGGCGGCGCCGGUGACGGAAAUGGUGAUGACAACAGCAACUCGUCCCCGAAGCCUCCCACAACCUUUGAGAAUAUCAAUCUUGGAGACAAUAAACUAGAUCUUGGUUUAAGCCCACCAGAGUCCAAGGGCAUUUCUAGUUCAUGGGGCGCGAAAUUGGGCUUUGGUGGAGGAGGAUGGGGCUGGGGCGGAGGAGGGAAAAGCGAAACAGCACCGGCACCAGCACCGGCACCAGCGCCGCCUCCACAAGAAACCAAGGCUGAAGAGAACCCCUGGGACAAACCUCAUGAUAAAAUAGGAGGAAUUGAAGACGACGACGACGGUUGGGGCUUUGGUGCCAAGAAAGAGAAGAAGAAGGGCUCCACGCUCUGGGGCGCCGAACCCGACGAGGGACCAAAAGAUGGUGAUGAUCCUUGGGGUUGGAGUGGUCAAAAAAAGAAGGGCAAAGCUGGUGGCAUCCUGGAAGAGCUUGCCCUUGAUUCCGAUACUGCACCUCCGAACGGAAAGAAGGAUAUUUGGGAUACUUGGGGAAUAUCCAAAAAAGACCGGGCCAAGAAGAAGGGAAUCAUGGAGGAAGUUGCUUUGGCAGCUGCACCCGAACCCCCUUCAAUGGAAGAUCAGUGGGGUGGCUGGUCUGGGAAAAAGGAGCAUUCACAAAGUUCACUCUGGGGGGCUCAAGAUUCAAUACCUGCACCUGCACCUGACCCCCCUUCAUUUGAAGACAAGGAUGGUGACGACUUUUGGAGUACUUUUGGAACUGGAAAGGCAAAACCUCCGCCAGAGGAAACGAGUGGUUGGGGACCAUUUGGUAUAGGAAAGAAAGGUGAGGAUGAAACAAGUGAGUCAAAUUUCUUUAAAGCUCAUCAAAUCCCAGAGCCGCCUAAGAAAGAAGACGACGGUUGGGAUCUAUGGGGAACAGGUAAGAAAAAGAAGAAAGCUGGCGACUUGAUUCAAAUAGAGGAUGAUAUUCCUCCUCCCGCCCCCGAUCCCGUCGAGGCUGUUGGCACCGACGACUUCCUCGAUUCUUGGGGUUUUGGCAAGAAGCCCAAGAAACCGGCCGCUGACCCGUUCGAUUUUAAAACUUCCGGCGCCGAUGAUCCUAACGAUGCUUUUUGGGGCUCAAUAGACAACAAGAAGCCUAAUGCACAUGAGUUUCUUAUUCAUACCACUGGAGACCCAGAGCAAGCCGCCAGAGAAGCUGAAGAGCAAGCCGCUCGCGAAGCUGAGGAAGCCGAGGCCGCUCGUGAAGACGAAGAGAUUGCCAAUCUUUUGGACAAGAAAUCUAAAAGAGGAGGACGGCUCCUUAAGUCAGAUCGAGAACGUCUUGCUCUUCUUGAAGGGAAUGCCACCCGAAGAGCUGAAGCUCGAGCUACCCGCGAGGCCGAGAUGGCAGCUGCCGCUGAAGCUGCACAAGCCGCCGCUGACGCUCAAGCCGCCGCUGACGCCGAAGCUGCCGCUUUACAGGCUGCAGAAGACGUCGAAGCCGCAAAGGAGAACGAGGAGCUUGCGGCACUAUUGGCGAAGAAGCAGAAACGUAAUGGAAAGUUGUUGAAAAAGGAUCAAGAACGCCUUGCUCUGCUCGAAGGGAAUGUCUCGAGGAGGGCCGAAGCUCAAGCAGCCCGGGAAGCUGAGGCCAUUGCCGCUGCUGCAGCUGCUCCAGCGGCACCUCCUAAUGAAUUUCUUUCUCAAGAGACAGACCAGGAUGGUCUGGCCACGGAAGCAGCUGCAGAAGCUGACACUGCACUUGCCACUGAAAUUGCGCAGGAAGAGGCGGAAAUGGAGAGCCUGCAGUCAAAGAAGGCGAAGAAAGGAAAACUUCUCAAAAAAGAGCAGGAACGGCUGAAUCUCUUAAUCAACAAUGCAGCGAAACGAGCCGAGGAACAAGCAGCGAAAGAAGCAGAAGAACAGGCGGCAGCAGCAGCCGAAGCCGAAGCCGCUGCCCAAGCUGCUGCAGACGCCGAGGCUGCAGUUCAAGCCGCCGCAGAUGCUGAAGCUGAGGUAGCUGCCAAGGAAGAGGAGGAAAUGGCAGUGCUGAAAGCCAAGAAAGCCAAGAAGGUCAAGCUCACAAAGAACGAAACGGCUCGACUAAUGACCUUGGUUGGCAACUCUGUAAAGCGAGCUCAGGAAAAAUCCGUCAAAGAGGCUGAGGAAGCAGCCGCGGCGCAGGCUGCUAAAGAAGCCGAGGAGGCUGCAGCCCGUGAAGCAGAUGCGCUGGCAGCACGUGAGGCUGAAGCGACCGCUGCCCAUGAAGCGGAAGCUGUCAUUGCUGCCGAAGAAGAGAAGGAACUUGCAGAUCUCACAGCUAAGAAGAUCAAGCGUGGCGGCAAUCUGAUUAAGAAGAAGGAUGUGGAGCGUUUUAAUGUCCUCACUCAAAGGGCUGCCGAACGAGCCGAACGAGUAGCUAAGCAAGCUGAAGCGAUCGGUGCUGUUGAAGCUCAAGGAGAGCUUACAGAAGCCACCCAUGGAAAUGUAGAGGUGGUGGCGGAAGCUCAACCCGAACCAGAGCCUGAGCAACCACUUGUAGACAUGGACGCAGCAUCUGUUGAUCCUGAUCCUGAUCCUGCUCCUGAUGCAGCUAUUAUUGCGGAGGAAGAAGCAGAGUUAGCCAGUCUAGAUGCAAAGAAGAUAAGGAAAGGCAAGCUUGGCAAAAAGGAUACAGAGCGGCAUAAUAUCCUCACAGAAAAUGCUGCGCAACGACUAGCUGCUAAAGAAGCAGAAGAAGUGGCUGGCGCUGCCGCGGCUGAGGCCAAGGCUGCAAAAGAAGCUGAGGAAGCUGCAGCAGAAGCAGCCGCAGCCGAAGCGGAAGCUGUAACUGCAAGCGAAGCUGAAGCUAUCCUGAUUGCUGAUGAAGAGGCAGAGCUUGCCACUCUUGCUGCCAAGAAAGCCAAAAGAGGGAAGCUUGUCAAAAAGGACGCCGACCGUUUUAAUAUUCUGACAGAAAAUGCUGCGCAGCGACAAACCGCUAAGGAGGCAGAAGAUGCAGCUGCCGCAGCAGCAGCAGCGGAGGCUGAGGAGCAGGCUGCAAAGGAAGCAGAAGUCGCAGCAGCAGCAGCCCGCGAAGCAGAGGAUGCAGCUAUUGCUGAGGAAGAAGCCGAGCUGGCUGUACUAACUGCCAAGAAAGCUAAGAAGGGUAAGCUUGUAAAGAAAGAUGCUGAUCGAUUUACUGUUUUAUCGGAAAAUGCAGAAAGGCGAGCCCAAGAAAUAGCCCAGACUACCGAGCAACCUGAAGAUCCUACACCAGAACCUGAGACAGAAGUUAACGAACCUUCUCCUGAACCAGCCACAGAUGAGCUUUCUGCCGAGGUUAAUGACCCUGAUGCUAUUGCAGCUGCUGAAGCAGAAGCCGCUGCUAUUGCCGACGAAGAAACGGAACUUGCUGCUUUGAUUGCCAAGAAGGAGCGAAAGGGCAAGCUUGGGAAGAAAGAUACCGAUCGUUAUAACCUUCUUACUGCCAAUAGCACAGCACGGGCAGAGAAAGCCGCUCAAGAAGAGGCAGCUGCUCAAGCUACUGCUGAUGCUGAAGCAGCCGCACAAGCUGAAGCAGAGCAGGCAGCAGCAGCCGAGGCUGCUGCUCUUGAAGAGGCUGCUGCCAGAGAGGCUGCAGAGGCAGAAGCUCUGCUUAUUGCCGAAGAGGAGGAUGAGUUAGCUGCCCUGACUGCAAAGAAGAAUAGGAAGGGCAAACUUGGGAAAAAGGAUAGUGACCGAUUUGCUAUCCUGACAGAGAAUGCAACUCAACGAGCUGAGAAAGCUGUUGAGGCAGAAGUAAUGAAAGAGGCUGUUCUUGAAGUUGAAGACCUCCCUGCUGAAAUUCCUGCCGAUGCUGAAGCAGAUGCCGAAGUCGAUGCUGAAGCAGCCGAGGCCGCCGCUAUCGAGGCAGAAGCAGCUGCCAUUGCUGCUACUAUUGCUGCCGAAGAGGAAGAAGAACUAACUGCCUUAAUUGCCAAGAAAGAGAAAAAGGGCAAACUAGGCAAAAAGGAUAGCGAUCGAUUUGCUUUCCUCACUGAGAACGCCGCCCAAAGAGCCAGAAAUGCAGCACACGAAGUAGCCGCUGAGGAAGACCAAGAAGCCGCUAUCGCCGAUUCUGCAGAUACCAAUGAUCGCCCAGAUGAUAUCGAGGACUCACUAUUUGAGAAUGCCCCGGAGCCACCAGUUGUUGAAGAGGAGGCACCCCCUGAAGAUGAUGGUGCUGCUGCAGAGACUAUGGCCUUAGUUGCCGCUGAGGAACAAGAAAUUGCAGACCUAGAGGCCAAGAAGGCAAGGAAAGGCAAGCUGGGCAAGAGAGAUAUGGAACGAUAUAACCUCCUUAUUGAAAAUGCUGCUCAGAGAGCUGAAGAGCGAGCAACUAAGGAAGCCGAGCUCGCUGCUGCUGCUGAGGAGGAGGCGGUGGCGCGAGAGACCGCUGAAAUUGAGGCUGCGGCAGUAAUCGCCCAAGAGGAAGAAGAGCUUGCUGCCCUAGAAGCAAAAAAGCAGAGAAAAGGAAAGCUGGGACGCAAAGAUACAGAUCGAUUUGAAUAUCUUCUGGGAAACAAGGUUGCAAGGGAAGCACAGGUUGCUGAGGAACGAGCUGCAAAGGAAGCCGAAGAGCAAGCCGAAGAGCAAGCACUUCACGAAGCUGCAGCUGCUGAGGCUGCUGAAGCUGCCGCCACUGCUGAGGCUGAAGAGACAGCCGCAAGAGAGGCUGCCGAAGCCGAAGCUGCAGCUGUUGCUAACGCGGAGGACGAAGAACUGGCCAUCUUAGCAGCCAAGAAGGCCAAGAAGGGUAAACUAGGACGCAAGGAUACAGAGCGUUUUGAGCAGUUGUCUUCGAAUGCUGAGAAACGAGCCGAGGAACAAGCGGCCCGUGAGGUUGAGGCUGCUACUGACGAAGCUCCGGCCGUGGAAGAGUUACUUGUCGAAGAGCUUGAGGAACCAACCCCGGAACCUGAGGAGACUGUAGAAGAAGCCCCUGAUGCCCCGAUUCCCGACAUUGACGACGACGGCGUUGCCGAGGCCGCUGCCAUAGCCGCAGAAGAAGAAGCGGAGCUUGCUUCUCUUGAAGCCAAGAAGGCACGGAAAGGAAGGCUUGGGAACAAGGAUACCCAGAGGUUCACGUUUUUAACCGGAAUUGUUUCAAGACGCGCUGAAGAGCAGGCAGCAAAGGACGCCGCCGCUCAAGCUCUGGCCCAGACGACCCCCGAAGAUGUUGCUGAAGAAGAAGAAGAAGAUAUUCCCGACCAAGAAGAUGCUGAAACUGCCGCUAUCGAGGCUGAAGCCGCCGCUAUAGCUGCUACUAUUGCUGCUGAAGAAGAGGAGGAGCUUGCUGCCCUUACUCUUAAAAAGACGCGAAAGGGCAAACUUGGCAGAAAGGAUACAGAACGCUUUGAUUUGUUAAUGCAAAAUGCAGCUAUACGCGCGGAAGAACGUGCCAUUAAGGAAGCCGAACCUGACGGCCAGGCCGAAGAAUUGGUACCCGAAGAGGUUGAUGAUAUCCCUGAGCCGGAGCCCAAGGAGAAUCAUGAUGCAGAAGAAGUAGCUGCCCAGGAGGCAGCCGACGCGGAAGCCAUUGAACUUGCAGCGCUUAACAAGAAGAAGGCAAAGAAGGGUAAACUGGGUCGUUCUGAUACUGAGCGAUUUAAUAUCCUUGUCGACAAUGCUGCAAAGCGUGCCGAAGCUGAGGCAGCCAAGGAAGCGGGAGAGGGGUUGGGAGACGUACCCCGAGCUGAGGAAGAGGAGGACGAUGAAUUUGUUGAUGCUGAAGACGGCGAGGAAGACGAGUUGGCUGAGGAGCUAGAACCUGAAGGCGAAGAACUUGCUGAGCCUGAUCUUCAGGAAGAUGAACCAGCCAUAGCCGAAGCUAUGGUAGCUGAGGCAGCGGCACAAGCUGCCCUCAUCGCAGAAGAAGAGGCCGAGUUGGCUGCGUUGAUGAAGAAGAAGCAUAAGAAGGGAAAAUUAGGCCGCAAAGAUACUGAAAGAUUCCAAGCGUUGACAGAGAAUUCUGCUAAACGCGCUGAGGAGGCGGCAAUCCGAGAUACAGAAGACGCAGUUGCAGAGGUCGAAGUAGAGCUUGGUGAACCAGAACCAGAAUCUGAAGCUGCUGAACCCAAGCCUGAAGAUAAUUGCCUGGAGGAGGCUGAACAAGUGGCAAAAAAGGGAAAACUUGGUCGGAAGGACACUGAGAGAUUUAUCAUCUUAUCAGAAAAUGCUACCCGCCGUGAACAGGAGCGAGCUGCUGUUGAGGCUCAGACUGAAGCCGUUCAGGAGGAGCCUGAUAUCGAAGGUGUGGGAGAGACUGGAGUAGAGGAGCAGGAGCAGGAGCAGGAGCAGGAGCAGGAGCAGGAGCCUUUAGAAACACAAGAGGAGGAAGCUGCAGCUCGAGAAGCUGAAGAGGCAGCUAUUGCGAAAGAAGAGGAAGACGAGCUCGAGGCCCUUCAAGCCAAGAAAGAAGACGAUGAGGGUGAAGGUGAGGAGGAGGAGGAGGAGGAGGAGGAGGAGGAAGAGGAGGAGGAAGCGGAGGAAGAGGAGGAGGAGGGAGGGGGAGGGAGGGGGAGGAGGAGCCUGACGCAGACGAGGAAGAGUUGGCGAUCCAAGAAGCAGAGGAGGCAGCAGCUCGGGAAGCAGAGGAGGCAGCUAUCGCUAAGGAGGAGGAUGAGCUCGAGGAACGCGCCGCUAAGGAAGCAGCAGCCGUUGAAGCAGACCUUGGAGCUGAAGAUGCUGAAGAAAAGGAAGCAGGAGGACGACGACGACGAAGAAGAAGAAGAAGAAGAAGAAGAAGAAGAAGGAGAAGAAGAAGACAAGGACGACGACGAGGACAAAGACGCAGAGGACGAGGAUAUCGAUAAUGGCGAGGUGGGCAAGGGGAGAGAUGAUGCUGAUGCUGAGGAGGCAGCAGCAGCAGCGAGAGAAGCCGAGGAGGCAGCAGCUAAAGAGGCGACAGAAGCCGCAGCUCGUGAGGUGGUCACGAAAGAACUUGAGGAGCUUGACUCCCUCCAGUUCAAGAAAGCAAGGAAAGGUAGGCUUGGCAGAAAGGAUACCGAACGACUCAGAGUUCUAGAGGAGAACGCUACCCAGCGUGCUGCAGAGCUAGCCGCCAAAGAAGAGGCUGCCGCAGCAGCAGAAGGGGAAGAAGCGGAUGUAGUCGAAUUCGGCAACCCUCCUGAAGAAGAGGAGUCGGACAUUAAAGCCGAGGACAAUGAUGAGGAUCAAGAAGCGGACGCUGAAGACACUGCGAAUAAAGAAUCGAGUGACGUCGAAAAUGAAGCUAUUUUCGGCGAAGACGAAGAAAAGGAAGCUGAGGUACUGCCAAAGGACCAAGUCCCCGAAGCCCCUGCAGAUGAUGAGAUCGUCGAGGUCAUCGACUUAUCGCCAAAGAAAGAAAGGAAGAGUAGGAAGAGCAAAUCCCGUCGCGAUGCUCCUCCGCCUCCUCCAGUUCCAGAUCCUCCGUUGACGCCACCACCUGAGUCGAAGCAGUCUCGAAGGCCCAAAAUUCAUCGCGAAGGAACUUCAUUUGGUCGGUGGGCCGCGACACCACAUGAAGAGAGGGAUGAGCCUCAAGAGAAGUCAACUAGACAUAGACGGCGAGAGGAAAAGACGUCGUCCAAGGGUUCCUCGUCCGACAAAGUCGAGAAGACUCCAUCACGAUCUCGUGGCACUGCUUUGUUUAGUAAACCACCACUCACUCGUUCCGCUACCAUGCGCGAGAAGAAAGACGGCAUCAGCAGCAAACGUCGCCACUCUACCAAUGCUCGCGGACUUGUAUCGCCUCCUCCUGAAGAUGUGCUCAUGGGCGAGGAUGAAUUAAGCAAUCGCCGCAAGUCGCGUAAACCUCGAUCACGCGAAGAUGAAGAUGCAAUGAUGUCUGGCGCUGCUCCUGUGCCUGAUAAAUAUGAACGUCGUCGUUCAAAUAAACCACGGUCGCAUGAGGACGAUGAUUUGGUUAUGAUAGAUCCUGAACUCGCGCCCGAUAGACGCGAGCGCCGACGGUCUCACAAACCACGAUCUCGCGAAGAGGAAGAAGUCGCCGUGGUCGAUACCGAACGUCGUCGGCGAGCCAAGAGAUCGAGGGAUGAAGAGCCCGUGAUGGUGGAGCCUGACGUUCCUUUUGACGCACCUCCACGAAGUUCCAAGAAGUCCUCAGGUUUCGCUGGCCUCUUCAGUGGUUUGCGAACGCCGAAGACUGAACGACCUGACCCUCUGCGACGUCGCAGCACCUAUGCGACAACUGAUGACGAAGCCUUGCGCAGCGCCAAAAUGGAUGGUGAUGCAGUAUUAGUAGAUGCUGACCGGGAAGCAAGGAGAGCUGCACGCAGAGCCAAGAGGGCAGCUGAAAGCGGUCCUGAUCCUGAGGAAGCAGCGCGUCGAGCUCGAGAUGAGAUACGCCGUGAACGACGUCGACAGCGCGAGGAAGAAGCCGAUUCUACAAGGCAAGACAAAGAGGCCCGCCGUGCUGAACGCAGACGACAGCGUGAUGAAGAUGCACGACGAGCCCAGGAGGAGCGACAAGCGCAAGAAGAACAACAACGACUGCAAGAGGAAAAGGAGGCACAAAGAGCCGAACGUAGGCGCUUACGUAGAGAACAGGAAGCAGUCGCUGCUGCAGAACAAAUCGAAGAUGAAGAGGCUCGUCGAGCUGCCAAACGCGAACGCCGUCGGCGCGACACAAAGCGGGCUGCUCGAGGUGCAGAAGAGGAGGAAGGUCGUCAGCGACGAAGUCAGCAAUCUGCAGACGAAUAUAACCAGCGGAGAUCCCAUCGUCGCGAAGAGAGACCGCAGGCUCCAGCUUGGCCUCAUUCUGGGACUUCAUCAUGGGUCAAGGAACACUCUGACGCACCCCCUCCUCCUGACCUCGGUGACGGGGGUGAAGCAAAUGGUGGACAGACGGAGGACGAGAUGGCGAGACGUGAAGCUCGUCGAGCUCAUCGAUCGAAAUACGAGGAAGAGCCCACAGAAGAGACCGAAGAUCGGCGAAGGCGACGAGCAAGGCGAGACGAUCGUGAGCGCGGUGGUCGAGAUAGAGAACGUCACCGAGAUAGGCGCUCGGAAGGUAGCGACGAGCGACAUCACAGCCGUCGAGCGUCAACCUUUAUGGAGGCAGCAACAACACCUCGCACAAGUUGGUGGAAGAAGAUCGCUGGGUGA